AUGACCAAACUCUUCAACCCCCUCAACAUAGGCCGAGUGCGCCUCGACCACCGCAUCGCCCUGGCCCCCCUAACCCGCUUCCGCAACCAAGACGACCACACCCCCACCCUCCCCCUCAUGAAGGAAUACUACCAGCAACGCGCCUCCGUCCCAGGCACCCUCCUCAUCACAGAGUCCACCCUCGUCUCGCCCCGCGCCGGCGGAUCCCACAAUGUCCCCGGCAUCUGGAACGAAGCGCAGAUAGCAGGCUGGAAGGAGGUGACGGACGCAGUCCACGAGAAGGGGUCGUACAUCUACAUGCAACUGUGGGGGCUGGGUCGAGUCGCGGACCCAGACGUGCUCAAGAGCGAAGGCCUAGAUUUCAUCUCUAGCAGCCCCAUCCCCGAGAAAGCAGACGGCGUCGUACCCCGCGAAAUGACCGAGGUGGAAAUCCGCGCCUUUAUCGACGAAUACAUCCAAGCAGCGAAGAACGCCAUCGCGGCGGGCUUUGACGGCGUCGAGAUCCACGCUGCAAACGGGUACUUAAUUGACCAGUUCAUCCAGGAUAAUAGCAACCAGCGCACCGACGCCUGGGGAGGCAGCGUGGAGAACCGCGCGCGGUUCGCACUGGAAAUUAUCAGCGGCGUAGUUGACGCCGUUGGCGCGGAUCGCACCGCCGUCAGAUUCAGUCCCUGGAGUACAUUCCAGGCGAUGCGGAUGGAGGAUCCAAUUCCUCAAUUCUCGUAUCUAGCGCGCAAGGUGGCCGAGUUCAAGCUCGCCUAUGUGCAUCUUGUCGAGGCGCGAAUCGCCGGCUACGCGGAUGUCGAGAGUGGGGAGUCGUUGGAUUUCUUCCUUGCGGAGUAUAGCCGCGCCAGUCCGGUGAUUGUUGCGGGGGGUUACACGGCGGAUACGGCCAGGGAGGCGGUGGAUGUCAAGUAUAAAGAUGAAGAGGUGGUGGUGGCGAUGGGACGGAUGUUCAUUUCGAAUCCGGACUUGGUGUUUCGGGUGAAGAAUGGGGUGCCGCUACGGCCGUAUGAGAGGGAGGUGUUUUAUCUCGUCAAGGACCCGAGGGGGUAUAUUGAUUAUGCGUUUAGUGAAGAGUUCACUCAGUUCAGGGAAUUGUCUGUACAUUAG